AUGGCCGGUGCCAUUGGAGAUUGCACGACUGAUCAGUUCUCAGUGACAGCCCCUGGUGGUGUGGGAUCACCGGUCAUUUGCGGCUUCAAUUCAGGACAACACAUCAUUGUGGAUGCAAGUGAUCAAUGUCACAAAGCUGCGUUCACCUUAUCAGGCUCAGCGGCAAUGCGCGCAUGGGACAUCAAAGUUACACAAUAUAAAUGUUCCCAAGAAGAAGGAGGACCCGAUGGUUGUUUGCAAUAUAUCACGGGAACAUCUGGAACAGUUUCAAGUUUUAAUUUUCCAAACCGCGUCUGCUGCCGUGACCUCAACGACCACUCAUUUAUCCAAUCAAUGCUACAACAUAUGCAUCCGAAGAGAAUCUGGACGUUGUGCCAUUUGCUACGUGCCUAACUUUGCCUGACUCCAUUGCCGGCGCCAUCGAAUCGUCACAGGUUAGUGCUUAAAUGGAAUCAACCAGAUUUUGUGCUAACGGAAA